AUGGUUACCUCAACACCCUAUUAUGCUCAAGGGAAUGGCCAAGCAGAAGCUUCAAAUAAAGUUGUGAUUGAAAUUAUUGAGAAGAUGAUAAAAGACAAGCCGAGGCGAACAAUUCCUUAUCGGCUUACAUUUGGCCACGACGCUGUGUUGCCGAUUGAGUUAAAUGUAAAAUCGGAAAGAGUAGCUUUACAACACAAUGUUAUACCUGCCGAUUACAACGAAGCUAUGCUGGCCGAGUUAGAAGAUUUAGAUGAAGUCCAAAAACUUGCUUUAGAUCACCUUAUGGUUCAUAAAGCAAAAGUAAUGAGGGCUUACAACAAAAUAGUGGAGUUCAAGUUAUUUGCAGAUAGUGAUAUGGUUUGGCAAACAAUUCUUCCACCUGGGAAGGUGGAUAGAGAUUAUGGCAAGUGGUCACCUACUUGGAAGGGUCCCUAUUUGGUUAAUCAAGUAUUGCAUGGAGGCGCUUAUAGGUUAAAAGAUCUAAAUGGUGAAAUCCAUGAUAGGCCAAUAAAUGGAAGAUACCUUAAAAAAUAUAAGCCAAUUAUUUUUGAGCUCAUGGAAGAAAAGAAAAUUCCAGUAAGUCAAGAUAGUGUGGAUUGUAUUUUAUGCAAGUUGUGUAAAGAUAAAAUUUGCUCCUGCGAUAAAUAA